AUGAACAGCAAUCAGGAGUGGCAGCUUGGCCCCCCGAGGUUGAAGCCCGUUGGGCCCACGACCUGCGGUUUCUGCGAGGCUAGGUUCCCUUCCAUCGACGCCCUACGCGCCCACAAGUUGAAGAGAAUCAAAGAAGAGAGUGAGGAUUCAAGCCGGAGGAGGCUUCACCUCUACUGUAAAUUAUGCGACCAAGACUUCCACACCACAGGCGGCGAGCUCGAGCACAUGCGACUGGUGCACCCCCACAAGCAAGAUUUCGAAUGCCCUGCCUGCUCCGUGAAGCACGACAGGCUCUCUGGCUUCAUCCAGCACGUGGAGCUUGGCCAGUGCUGCCAGCUGGACAUUGAGACCUUGCAAGCACGUUUCGCCGACAAGUUCAACUUCGCCAAGAAUCUGCAGAAGCUCGAUCUCGCGGCCAGGCUCGAGUUCCCAAAUCUCAAGGAGAAGGACUUCUCCAUGUGUCUGGGGUACGACGCGGACCCUGAGCCUACUUGUUUAUUGACAGGUAGCAGGCAGGAAGUUCCAAACAAGCUCUCUCAGUGGGAGUCUGCUGAUCGAAACACGUGGGCGUCAGCGGAGCCUGCUCCUUCACUGGGCAAGGACUUUCCGAGGAUGGCUCAUCGUGAGUAUCUGCAUGGAAACAGCGACGCCACAGACCUCCUGACUGGCGACCAAGUCAGCCAACUCGACGGAGCGUACGACACGAACGCAUGGGCCAGGAAAGAGAAGCUGUUCCCAGAGUCACGCCCAGCUCAGAGGCCAACCCAAGAGCAGUUGCAGGCGCUGAAGGCCGGCAACCAAGGCGCAGUUGAGCGUGUCCGUGGGCAGGACAUAAUCGACCCAAACAGCCCCUUCUUCAACCCUCAGCAAUGCUGGAAUGAACUCUUGCAAAAGUACAAGUGUCCACACAAGGCAGUUUGCCAGAAGGCAUUCAACACCAUGACCGCCUUGAUGCAGCAUCUAAGGUCGGCCAACCACAGCGGCACCAAGUUCUCAUGCCCUUGCUGUAAGGAUCGGUUCAAUUUCCUCUAUGCCCUCGCCGCACACGUCGAGUCCCCAAGUAGGAAGUGCAGCAUCAACAGCGAGUUCGACGAGCAGGACAUGUACAGGAUCUUCCUCGACCAGCUGACCCUGGGCAUGGUCGAGUGCGGAGGCAUCUUCGACGACAACACCCAGGAGUUCAAGCUCGACGACAAGUUCAAGGGACUGUACGAGCCGCAGGAGACCCGCGGCCCGACCUUUGGCCACAAGCAGGUGCACGGGUUCGAGAGCGCAGCCGGCCCGGCCGACACGGUCCGGUCGGAUCUCACGGAGGCGGCCCUGGGCAAAUACCUGCAGCAGCUCGGAAAAGAGGGCGGCGGCCCUCGUGGCUCCGGUCCAGCAGUGGCCCUCACCGCCGAGGCGCUCGCGCGCCUGCAGGCCCAGGAGAAACGUGCCAGUCCGGAAGUGGCCCUCACCGCCGAGGCGCUCGCGCGCCUGCAGGCCCAGGAGAAACGUGCCAGUCCGUGGGGCCAAACAUCGUCCGCUGCACGUGACCGGCGGGACAACACGCAGCAGCGAGAGGCGCAGGCGCCGCCGCCGCAGCAGCAGCAGCAGCAGCAGAAGAUGCUGCAGCCUGGUGAGGGGAUCGAGACACCGGUGCCGGAGCGGUACAUCAGCUACCGCAAGCAGCAAUUUGAGGCUUUCGGCUGGGACACCUGGGACAAGGGUCCUGUGCCCCGGGAGGAGGACCAGGGCCGGCUUGCCAAUUCCAAGAAACGCGACUGGGGCUGGUGA